CAGUGACUAGGCAUUGGGCUGGGAAGUUGGCAAGUUGCACAAGAUAGAGGUUGAAGUUCAGUCUCUGUUAGUGAAAAAUAACUACCGUGAGCUAGAGAAACAUUACUUACAUUACUUCAGUACUAGGCUACUCGGGGGAGUACUGACUGGCUAGCAUGCUUAGAGCACACCUGUGUGUGUCGGUGCUAUGUCGUCUCUCAGACAAGUUUGUGCUUCAAUGGGUCAACAUCUACAGGAAGAUAGCAUGUGUGCAACCUGCCUUGGGCCAAGUGAGAUGGAAGACAUGUAGACCAGUUCCCUUUUUGACAGCCAAACCCAACCGCGCCCUCAUAGAUGAGCCGAUUACCCUAGAGGGACGUCACCUCCCCCCUCACUCACCUAUUACGGUGUGUGCCCGCAUGCAUAACGAGGACGGUGACCUGUGGGAAGCGUUUUCUCACUACAACACAGAUGGGAGGGGUGUCGUCAACUUGACCAGGGAUGAGUCUGUAGGGGGCUCCUAUGUGGGCUGUGAGCCCAUGGGACUAUUCUGGGCCCUGCAGCCUGCACCUGGAGAGAGAGAGGGUCUGAGGCUGCGGAAGAAAAACGUUGAGACUCCGUACUCUGUACAGUUGUCCUUAUUAGAGGGUCACAUUCCGGUUCCAUCCAGUCAUGGUUCCAACAAGGAGCAGCGACAGAGAGGGGAACAGGAGCUGGCUGCAGUGACUGUGGAACGCUGGUACAUGGCACCAGGGGUCCGGAGAAUAGAGAUCCGGCAGAACGGAGUAGUGGGGACCUUGUUCUUACCCCCAGGUCCAGGUCCAUUCCCAGCCAUGAUGGACCUGUGGGGUAUGGGCGGGGGGCUGAUAGAGUACCGCUCAGCCCUGUUUGCUUCCCGAGGCUUUGCCAGUCUCUCCCUGGCCUACUUUGGCCAUAAAGACAUCCCUGGUCCACUCAACACUAUCAAUGUGGGAGAUGCCUACUUCAAGACUGCGUUCCAGUUUCUCCAGGACCACCCCCAGGUGUGUGGGGACAGGAUGGGGGUCAUGGGCCUCUCGUUCGGGGUCUACCUGGCUCUGCGAAUCGCCACUCAGAUUGAUGUCAAGCCCAGGUGUGUGAUCGGAGUCAAUGGUCCAAUAGGAAGUUUCAACAAACUCUCGGACAGCGACGGCAUGACAGAAAGCUUUGAAGGGGAUCAGAAGCACUGGAGUUACGAUGAAGAGGGCUACGUCAGUUUCAGAGAAGUGUCCAUGCCCAACAACAUUCCACCUGAGAACAAAGCAAAUGUUGAAAACCUGUGCUGCCCCCUACUGUACAUUGUGGGUGAAGACGAUUUGAGCUGUGCAGCUAUUGAGAACGCAGAUGAGAUUGAGAAGAAGAUUAAAGAUGCUGGUAGAUCCCACCUGUUCACCCGCCUGUCAUACCCCGGUGCUGGUCACCUGAUUGAGCCGCCCUACACCCCCAACUCCCGAGCCUCCAUGUGGACCACACAACCCAAGAAACGUUAUUUCCCAUGCUGUCCUGUUGUUUUUCCAUAUAGUUAUCACUCUCUGGGGAGGGCACCUGGUACCCCAUGCUGCCGCCCAAGAGGAUGCCUGGAAGAGGACCCUGGAAUUUAUGGAACGCCAUCUAAGGGGAAAGGAAGACAAAUAGCCUUUUGACCACAUUGGGAUAGAACGGUCCAUCUCACAUGCAUCACUCCUCAAUGCAAGACUCAAAACUCACCCAACUGUCCAAAUUCAAGUGGACUCAAUGUUUUCUUUCACUAUUUUCACGAUACAGAUUUUUAUGUAAGCGUCUAUGUAUUGUUGUCAUUGAUUUGUUUGAUUUUUAUAAACACAACUAUUAUACCAUAAUAAAAUCAAUGUAAUGUAAACAAA